UCAGCUCCCGAGGGAAUGAGGGGAUGGGGGCGCUGGGGCUUGCAGUGGGGUUUUCAGGAGUUUUGCUGCAAGGAAACAAUCGCCUAUUUUUUUUUCCUCCCUCUGGUAAAGAGGAAUUUGGCUGGGGGUGAGAAGCCAGCUCAGGUGCUCUUGCCAUCUCGUUUGCAUCGUUUAUAUCCUAGGAGCUCAUGGAAAGCGGUUGAUAAUGCUCUCCCCCAGAUUUGGUUGCUGUUAACAGAUGUGACCACAUGUUCAGAGUUUUCCCAGAAGUCCUGUGAAGAAUGUCUAAAAAAUGUCUCGUGCCUGUGGUGUUACACAAACAACACUUGUGUCGACUAUCCCGUAAGAAGCAUUCUUCCGCCAUCUUCCUUAUGUUCGCUCUCAAAUGCUCGAUGGGGUGUUUGCUGGGUAAACUUUGAGGCUUUAAUUAUUGCCAUAGCUGUAGCAGCUGGACUCAUUCUGGUGUCCAUAGCAGUCUGUUGCUGUUACUGUUGUUACUGCAGAAGGCGGCAUUCCAGGAGUAGACCAGAUGAAGAAGAAGAAAGGCUAGCUAGAAAUAAAGAAGAACGAAGGCUACAGUCUCUUCAGCGGAAACAUGAGAGAAAACUGAAACAUGAUGAAAUACGCAGGAAGUAUGGUCUUCUCCAGGAUUCUGAUAAUCCUUACAGCAGAUUUGAGAAUGAAUAAAGCUGAGAACCUUCUAAUAGAGUUGUGAUUCCAGAAUACAGGAAGAUUGUUUUUUGCUUUCAUUUGCCCUUUGGGUUUAUUUCUCCCCACCAAAGAUUUUUUGUUUGUUUGUUUUCAUGGUUGUAAAAUUGAGUGGAUGAAGACUUCCUUGAAAUACACAUUUGCAUCUUAUUUACUUAUAUAGAGCUAAUUUUUUAUAAAUGCUUAUGGCUAUUGAAAUGUUUGCUAAUUAUGUUGACAUUUAAGUGUAAAACAUUACCUUUUCUCUUUUUAAAGCUGUCUUUUUUGUUGUCUGAUUUUAAGUGGCUUAUAUUCAUGAUCAUGUAUUUGAAUUUAAUCUUAAUUGCCAUUUGAAAACAGUUAUGUUCCUAAAUAAAGAUUUUUUUCCUACUG